CAGUGACCAUGUGUAAUAUUCGUGCGUCUUGUUGCAGCUUUCUGUGAAUGACAGAGGGGACAUGAGUGAAAACUGACUUUUUAAAGAUGAUCCUGGGGAUAAAAGCCCUGCUGGACCCGCUCACUCAUGGACUCUGGAGCUGAUAAGUCGUGAGUAAUGUUGCGGUAUCUCUGUGUCGGUGCAUUCGGGCGUCCUGCCCUGCGCUCCAUCCUCUGCGGGCCGUCAUCCUGGGGUACGCUCAAUAAGACAGGCCCGCGGUACCUGAGGCAGCUGAGCUCCAGCCCGCGAUGGGUCAGCACCUCCGUCCCAGCAUGCUCUGCAGCCCCACAGAAGGGUCCUCCUGGAGAUGGUCAGCAAAGUCCCGACUCCACUGGACAGAGUGACCUCACAGAGCCCGAUCCGCUGCAGGACAAAUCCAUCGGCCUCGUCCAGAGGUUUAAAAAAACCUUUAAACAGUACGGCAAAGUGAUGAUCCCCGUGCACCUGGUCACGUCCUCCGUUUGGUUUGGAGCCUUUUACUACAGCGCUAUGAAAGGGGUGAACCUGGUGCCGUUUCUGGAGUACAUUGGAUUUCCUGACCGGCUUGUUAAACUCCUGGAGAAUUCCCAGAGUGGCUAUGCACUGACUGCAUAUGCUAUGUAUAAGAUCGCCACACCAGCGCGGUACACGGUGACUUUAGGAGGAACGUCUCUGUCGGUGAAGUACCUGAGGAAGCACGGCUACAUGUCCACCCCUCCGCCCGUCAAAGAGUACCUCCAGGAGAAGAUGGAGGAAACGAAAGAGAGGAUCUCGGAGAAGAUGGAGGAGACGAAGGGGAGAAUUUCAGGGAAGAUGGAGGAAACCAAGGAUCGCUUCUCUGAGAAAAUGGAAGAAACCAAGGACAAGCUGACAGAAAAACUCCAGGAAACCAAAGACAAAGUGGGUUUCAGGAAGAAAUCCGAGUAGCUUUAGCAGCUCGUGAGGAUCCGUCUUUCGAUAUGAGGUGGUAGAAAGCGCACUAGACUAGACUGUCCCUCACAACAUCACGAAGUUCCACACGAUCGACUUGACAGCAGAACAUCCGUCUCCACUCACAAAGCCUCUUAAAGUGAUAGUUCACCAAAAGAAAAUUCACGCACCCCAAAUGUAGUUAAUUAAUCAAGAUAAGUUUAGAAAGGACUGUGCUGCAGAGCUAAAAACAGGAGUUUAGUAAAGGGAAAUUCCACCAUUUUUUCUAAAUUCCUGCAUAGUUCAGUGUGUGAGAUGUAAAGUGAUUCAGAGUGGUUUGGUGUGAAAUUGUUCAGAUGUCUUUACAGUGGUGGUGAUAGGAACCAGGGGUCACCAUGACUACAACACAAAUAUAGACAUUUUAUUUACUAUCCAGAACCACCAGUGAACCUACACGAGUCUUCUGAGCUUAUAUGGAAUGUUGAUGAUGGAAAACAGUGGAAAAUCUGAAAUAAUACCUUUUAUUUUGCCUCAGCAUGUAUCCCUCCACUAUGAAUGGAGUUUGAGGCCAAACCUCCUCAAAACGAUCAUAAAACAGCGUCUCAGUCAUCAGGCAGUGAAUUCAUAACCAUUUCAUGUAGGAACUUUCUGUGAGGGAGCUUUUAGAGGUGGACGUCUGGUUCCUAUCACCACCACUGUGAACAGUUCUGACUCUGUAAGUUUCUCUAGAACACACAAACCACUCUGAACCACUCUGUUUAUAUCUUAACCGUUUAAUUAUGCAAGAAUUUUGAAAAAUUGGUGGAGUUCCCCUUUAAGUAGAGGGCUCAAGUAGGCAUGUUGAAGUCUGAAUUUACUCCAUGUUUAUAGCUAAUUUAAAUAUCAUAGAUGAACAAGUCUAUUACAAAUUACUGUACAGCUUCACAUGGUUCAAGGUAAAUGUGAUGAUUUAGGUAUGUAGUUAGCACUAUGCUAAUUGGUGGGGUAUAGGCUUCCAUUAUCUGUUAGCAACAUUAGCCCUGUAGCUCUAGUGCUAAAACUAAAGAAGCAAACUUUACCAAACGUGUCUUGGCUGAUGGACUACAUUUGGGGUGAGGUGGGGGGGGUGGGGGGUUAAACAGAUUGAAAGUGACCUGCUAUGUUUAAGUGUCUCCACUUGCACAUGUAAAAUGGGCUCAAGCUCACUGCUAUGCUGCAAACACGUCGCCGCUCCUUGCUGCCCUGUAGGCGGACUGGACUGGACUUUCUCCUGUGUUUGAUGGACAUUAAGGCAACACAUUAGAAGCGAACAACUGAUGGCACUUCCACUGGACUGAAAUGUAUGAGAGUAGCUGUUUUUUUGGUCUUAAGACGAAGCGUUUAUGAUGUCUGAUUGUGUGAACUGUUUGUGGCCAUCUCUGUCACUGUGUCAUGCCAUAUUCAAGGGGGGUUCCACCAAUUUUUCAAAAUUUCUGCAUUAUUCAAUCGUUGAGAUGUUAACAAAGCCGAUCGGAAUGGUUGCUGUGCCAAAAUUUUCUCCAAACUAUCUCAGAUAUCUCAGACAUCAGGCAUUGAAUUCAUAACGGUUUCAUGUAAUAUCUUUCUGUGAGGGAGCUUUUAGAGGUGGACGUCUGGUUCCUGUCACCACCACUGUGAACAGUUCUGAGUCGGUCAGUUUCUCUAUAACAGAGCGUUUCACACCAAACCACUCUGAACGACUCAGUUUACGUCUUAACCCUUCAGUUAUGCAGAAAUUUUUAACAGUUGGUGGAAUUCCCCUUUAAGAAACAUGACUAAUUCCACCACUUAGGAUUAGAUGUGAACUGUUUAUGGAAAUUUUAAAAAAGCUUCAGUCUUUAAGGCGUCAGUUCCAGCACAAGACUUUGCACUUGAUAUAAAUGGUGAAAUCAUUUGCUUUAUUUUAAAUAAGCUUAAUGUUUUCAAUAAUCCAUGUCUAAGAAUUAAAAACAUUGAAAGCAUGGACAUUUUAAUUGAGGGCCAUUUCAGCUUAGCAUCAACAGAUAUUGUCUUAAUGUCAAAAUACCAGAAUGGCCAAUGUUUUCUUAGUUUAUGUAAAUUAAGUGUACUUGCUGACUGACCUAAACUUUCAUGACUGGGUUUUCCGGACCUAUUUUUUCAAAAUUUCCUGCAUAAUCCAGUGUGUGAGAUGUAGACGGAGUGAUUCAGAGUGGUUUGGUGUGAAAUGGUUCAAAUUUGUUUACAGUGGUGGUGUAAACCGUCUGUACAGGUGGACGUCUGGUUCCUGUCACCACCACUGUGAACAAUUCUGACUCGGUAAGUUUCUCUAGAACAGAGCGUUUCACAGCAAACCACUCUGAACGACUCUGUUUACAUCUUUACCCUUUAAUUAUGCAGGAAUUUUGAAAAAAUUUGUGGAAUUCCUUUGUGACCAAACAGCAGUGUUACUGGUAAACAACACUGGAAUUGCAGUUUAGUAUAAGACUUGUUUAAUCCAUGUCCAGCCCUACCUGUUUAUUGUCUUACAAACACUCAGGCUCAUAUAUUCAUAUUCAUACUCUAAGCUGUUGUGUUCAUAUGUACGUUAUGGUUUAGUCUAGGUCAUUAAGGUGCACUCUGGCUGAUGGAGAGACGAGAGAGACUCAUCUGAGUUCAGUUUUGGGAAAACUGCAUCGUCGUGCACAGUGUCGUGUUGCCAUAGCGAUACCUGUACGGGUGAAUGAGAACCAUCCAAAUAAAAACAGACUAAGGGAUUCA